CCAAAUCAGACGUUGAUGAAAUGCCUACUAUUACGAAGUUUGAGCUUUAGGUACAAAUUUCGCCUUCCCAUGAUACCCACCAUAUGGAUAUGGGGCGUGGCCUGGUAAACCUGCCAUAUCACAGAUCAAGUCAGGACAGGCGAGAUGGCGGCCUCGAAGGCUCAGGUGAAUUUGACCGAGGAGAGCAUAGACGAGUGUAAAGAUGUAAUGGAGGCAUUUGACAUGCUGGAAAACUUGAGUAUUGCCCCGGAAGAGAUCGACGGGAUAGAAAACCUUGAACAGGCCCAGAUGUUACUUUUGAAACAACUGGCUGUAAUGUCAACUAGGACCCAGUGGACACCUGAAUCUGCCGCAGGUCUUAUGAAAAGUGUCCUUGAAAAGGAUCGGGUCUCACGGCAGGAGCUAUGUUACCACUUUGAAGAGGCUGCAGCAUAUGCAGAAGGACUCCACGGCACCGCUAAACAGCAGCUCGAGUCUAACAUCCCCAGGUUCCAGUCUCUUCUCACCACCAAACUGGAACAGCUGAGGGAUGAUGCAUGCCAUAUCCUCGUGGCAGGUGAGACAUCGGCGGGCAAGAGCACCCUACUGAACCUGAUCCUGGGCGAAGAGCUGCUGCCCUACUCCAUCCUUAGCUCAACAUCUACCAUCUGUGAGCUGAAGCAUGGCAAACAGGAAAGGAUCAGGGCCUUUAAAACUGGAGAUCCCACCAGUUACGUUGAAGUGCCACUUCAGGGUAGCAAGGACGCUCGUAUGGAGGAACUCUCUAAAUUCGUCUACCAGAAAGAAGGAAGAGACAAUCGUGCUUUCGAAUACAACAAAGUUGAGAUCUUCCUGGACUUUCCAUUGCUUGAGGGUGGCAUCACCAUAGUGGACAGCCCUGGAGUGGGGGAGAAUGAGCAGCUCACAGAGAUGGUGAAGAAAUACCUUCCGAACGCUUUCGCGUUUAUGUACAUCAUCAACAGCGCUAACGCCGGAGGAGUCCAGCCUGACCGGCUUGGGGAUCUUCUACAGGCCUUGACACACGAACGCGAUCCUGAUCAGCCGCCGAUGUUCGACCCAAAGUCAGCCAUCUUUGUAUGCAACAAGUGGGACAUGGUGCCAUCCAAGGAAGCAGGCGAGGUUUGGGACGACACCAUAAGGAAACUGAAGCGCUGCUGGCCUGAACUAGAUGAAUCUCAAGUGUUCAAGAUCUCAGCAAAGAAGGCAGCGAUGGCCCGCAACCAAGCCAACUACAUCACAAAGGACUUCGAAAAGUUGUUGAAUGGACUACAAGACUUGCUGCCUAUCGGUCUACAUGCUAAGGUCGAGCUGAACUACCGGUGGCUGGCCUAUCUCCUUGACAGGUCAUCCUUCCAUCUUCGCGUGAUGCUGGGAAACUUGGUGGACGAGGAAAUCCCGGCUCUUGAGCAACAACGACGAAACAUUGUGGCAAGGCUGAAGAAGCUCAGUACAGCAGCAUCCUCUGCAGAAAAGAAGAUGAGACGGUUUUUACAAGAGAAAGUCGACAAUGCAGUAAAGGAUCUUCGGCAGUACCUCACGUCCAACGAAAUUCGCGCGUGGCUUUAUCAGUGGGAAGAGACGGAGCUACCGGACAACGACAGCUGGGCCGUGGUGGAUCAUCUGACAAAGAAGUUGGUGGAACAAGGAAUCCAGCAAGCAAUCAGCACGUGGGAUCAGCACAGGGACUUCUUCAGCAACCUCCGGUCCGAGCUGAUGCAGCAGUUCCGUGCCGAGUUUAACCUUGUAGAGGAGGAUAUCGCAGACAUCGAAGACAAGAUGGCCACCGCAGGUCAGCACGCGAAGAACUCCGACGUCUCAGUUCCAGGCCGCAAAGUCGGUAAGAGCGUGUUCUAUGUUCCUGAGUACAGUGCAGCAAGCCUCACUAUUGGUCAGAAGAUUGCUCUUGGGGCAGCCUCACCUUUGGUCAUACCAAUAGGAGUAGUCGUAGGCCUAUUCGCUCUCCCUGCGGCGGGGGCGAUGGCCAUUAGAAAAAAGGUUGCCGACAAAAAACAACUGCAAGAUUACAGGAAGAACAAGAUGUCGUACAUGGAGAAGCUCGCGAAUGACACGGUCCAGAACUUCGUGACAGACGAAAAUCUCCGCCGGGUCGUCGGACAACAGGUAGAGUCCACAUCUGCAUACAUCGAUCGUCUGUUCGGCACCAUCCCACAGCUUAUCGAGUCAGAUGAACGACUGAUGAAUGAGGGGUACAAGUUGAGGAAACAAGAAGCGAUCGCUCUCACCGAAAAACAUUACGUCCCCAGCCUCGAAACGUGCGAGAAAGUCCGAGGUGAGCUUGACUGCUGCUAUGUGACAACCAUCCGGCAGUACGACAUUGAAUAUGAAGACCUUGUUGAAAGAGAGCUGAUUGCUUCUGGCGGCUUCGGGGACGUCUACAAGGCCAGGAUUGACUCUACGGUGGUCGCAAUGAAGUACAUGAAGGACAGCGUCUCCGCAGAAAACGCGACAGACCUGCUUCAAGAGGAAAGCAAUCUGAGGCGACUUUGUCAUCAGAAUGUGAUCAAGUUCCACGGCACCGCCUACUGGGCACACCACGAGAAGGUCAUCUUUGUGACUGAGCUCUGCCAGGACAAUCUGAAGGAAUACAUCAUCUACCAGAAAGACAGGAACCCGGGCAAGCACAGAAAAGGAACCACAGAACGGAUGACAGCGUUCAACGUCAUCAAACCGUUGGCUGUGCAGAUGGCUACCGCACUGUGCUAUAUCCACUCCAUGGGCUUCGUUCACAGAGACCUCAAACUGGAGAACAUUUUGGUUCAGAUCCCUGAGACGAGUGCAAGUGGAGCAGUCAUCAAGCUAGCCGACGUUGGACUGACCAAGAAGGCUGAAAACAUCACCGGAACCCUGUGUGGCACCCCACCGUACAUCGCGCCUGAGGUCCUACAGGAGAAACGCUACGGGAAGCCGUCAGACAUGUACAGCUUCGGCAUCCUUCUGUGGGAGAUGUGGUACGGGGAGGAGACACCUCACGCCAAGGACUUUGCCAUUCCAAGGCUGAAGGAAUUUUCAAAGGAAAUCAUGGAAGGCAGACGACCAGAUCCCAACAAGGAGUUUUCUGCACCUACUGAAUGGAAACAGCUCAUGAUAGCCUGCUGGAGCACUGACCCAGCCAUGCGGCCCACUGCUGACGACUGUGUCAUGAGGCUGCAGGAAAUAGCAUGUGAUUAGUGCCAGUGUGUAGACAUUAUAAGAACUACAUUGUUCACCAUGCUAACUAUAAAACUUAGCAGCAGACGUGUCCUGUAAUGUGGAUACUGAUGGUAGAUUAGCAACUGGUAUUUCCGUCCUGCAAGGUUGGAAUAUACAUGAAUUAUGCAUUUGAACUUGCAAAUUGUUUAACUACUGACAUAGUUUUUAUCACAUAACACACAGAUACAAUGUAUAUUACUAUCAAUGUUUCAAUUAACUUUGACAAGUUGUUCCAAUAUUAUAAAUCUUUGUUCCCUAUAUAACGUUAAGUUCUUUGAGGGCAUACAGAUGUGGACCAUAGCAAUUAUAAGUUGGUUUUAUGUAUAAAUGUGGAAAUUUAGGAUAUUGUAGAAAAUCAUUUUGUGUUUAAUUGGAAGCCAAAGUUAACUUAAUGGUGCCAUCAUUGCAUAAUAUGUUGAGCCAUGGCUAUGUUGUAUUUGACAAAUUGUGAAACUGAAAGGCUAUUGAUUGUGCUGUUAACAUUUGCUGUAUCAAGUAGACAUCCUCUCCUCUGUUACAUGCCAACACUAAAAGCCUAUUAGCUGUGUUAGAUCAAGAUAGAUAAGCCAAAAUGGUAAGAGAUGCAAUUUCUACAUUGUAUAUGUCAAUACAUUGAUAAGUUUCACAGACCACCAAAUGUAUUUGUCAUUAAACCUAUACACAUUGUAUAAAGCAAGAUUAUCAUUAUCCAAUACAAGGUAAGAUCAUGGGUGUUUGUUUUCUGUAUUAUUCAGCUACGUAUAUUCAAUAUUCUCAAGUUAGGUAUCCCGUAAUUAAUUGAUCUCAAUAUCUUCCAAUCAGUAUGUAGGUAUCUGGCAUCUACAGUAAGCUAAAAAGAUGAGUGCUAUGUUAUAAAAAACGUGAUUAUGAUAGAGUCCAAUUGUAGGACUACUUUCCACAAUCUUUAUCUCAUGCAAAGGCAAGCUUGACGUGUUGUAAUUAAGUGAACACCUACAAUUCAAUUGUAUACUAAGUACAAAAUAACAUUAAUGUAGGUAAGGUAGGCCUCUUGAUACUUGUAGUAAACUGUAUCAUAGUUCUCACACUCAACUCACAUCUAUAACCUUGACUUGUGUCAAUAACUAGUAAGCUUGGAUAUGUACAACAUGUAGACCACAUUAAACCACAAUCCAUUUGUAUACAAUCAACCGACUUGGUGUUAUUAGUAACUUCGACCAAGGA